GCGCGCUUUACGUUCGGUCCAUCGGCAGAUGGAAUGAAGGAUGGUGUCUGUAGUACCUCGAAAACCAUUUCGACGUUCCUUCUUGCGAGAGCGUACGUGUAUUUUUCUUUUACAACGACCACCACUUUUCCUUUUUUUAUUCGUGUUUUGCACGCUGCUCGUGAGAUUCACGCACGUUCUCAACUUUCAUGCCACCUGGAAGGAAGCUUCCGAGAUUCAAGUCCGCCUCGACCUCCCUUUCGCUCCUUUCACUUCUACCGAAACCGUUCAUAUACCUGGGACAUCGACGCUGGGAUUUUCACGUAUAUAUGUUCUCAACCUGGUUACACGCACUGACCGACGGGCGUAUAUGGAGACACUGGUGCGCUCUCUCAACCUCGACGUGCACAUUGUUCCAGCGUUAACCCCCGCCUCAUCUGAGCUCCUGCCAUACCGACAUUUACUUCACGAAAGGGGGUGGUUGAAUGUUGGCGGUUAUCUAAGAGAACCUGAGCUGGCGUGUUGGGGCAGUCAUAUGAAGAUUUGGAGCGAUGUCGUCGCAAGUAAUCUGUCGAGUGCGUUAGUAAUGGAGGAUGACGUGGAUAUUGAGUGGGAGAUUGAGGAAAUAUGGGCACAGUUGCAAAAAGGCUUGGAGUCAACGACGGGGCUGGACGGGUGGGACAUUGUCUAUUUGGGACACUGCUUCAACAAGGCAGGUCCCGUUCUAUACAGAUCCAUGUACACCACCAGAAACGGUGGUCAGGUGGUUCACAGCAUUCGUGAAGCCAGAGAAUCAUUCUGCACCCAUGCAUACGCCGUAUCUCAUAGAGGAGCAAUGAAGCUUUUGAGAUUAUUGCGAGACACAGAUCGCUCAGUGGACUGGGCGCUCAACAGACGUCGGCGAAAAGCACAUCUAAGACUCCUCUCAGUGCAUACGCCAUUGAUAAUCCAGCUACGAAAGUCAGCAGACAAUCCAUCGGACGUACAUCCGGGCGACAUGCGCAGUGAGGAGCGACCUGAGGAAGAACUCAUCGAAUCGACUGCCUCACACUUCAAAUUAUGACCAGUGAUUGUGUAGAUAUGAUACGAUUAAAUUAUCAAAUUAUGGGAGGGCUGACACUGGGGGGGCGGGCACUGAUGCCAAUAGAUAAUUUGCAUUAAUAUACGUGAUGGAAUAGCCGCUGCGGGCGGAACUUUUGCAAAAGAAGAAAA